AUGCCGAAGCCGGCCCCUGCCGUUCCUCGCCAUUGGAGCAGAAGGCCAGAUGUACGACCAACAAAACAUCCGCGGUUUCGGAUCUUGACGAAGACGGAAUACCUGGACAAGAAGAAGGAGUUCAGCAUACCUGCAUUCGACCCCGACCAACCCGCGCUCUUCAAAAAAGCCUUUCUGGAUAUACCUGCAAUCCGGAAAUGGUUUAAGAAGGAUGCCUUGCUCGACGCAUCUUUGACAAACAAGUGGAAUAAUAAGCCCAACACAUUCAGAUAUCCGCAAGAGCUGAACACAGCGUACCUCGAGCAGUACGGCGAUGCGAUCGUGCCAUUGGAGCUGACGCGCUCAUCCCCCGAAAAUGCCCUCGGAAAUGAAGCCUUUGAGCGCUUCGAAGCCCCUCUGGCUCUCCUAUUACAACACAUGAGUGCUGCGGACGCGCAAGAAACGAGUUUGUACCUCGCGCAACACUCGCUAGCCGAUCUUCCAGCGCCGCUGCAAGAAGACCUACCCACGCCAUCGACUUUCCUAUCCCACCUCAACGCCCGCGGCGAUAUCUACGCAUCGAGUCUCUGGAUGGGCAGACCGCCUACGCGCACCCCAUUGCAUCGCGACCCGAACCCGAACCUCUUCGUACAACUGGCAGGAAAGAAAACGAUCAGGAUGAUGAAGCCUGGGGUGGGUCAGAUGGUGUUCGAGGCUGCCAACUGGUGGUUCCGCUGA